UUGCAAUUGUUUUAGUUUUCGGGUCAGCCCUAUAUCUUUCUCGUUAUCUCUCUUCAUUCACACAACUAACAUGGGGAUUCUAUCUUGGUGGGGAGGAAAGAAGGAGGCUCCAUCCUCCUCCGGAAGCAAACCCACCCAGAAACCCGUCCCGAAGGACAAGCCUUUGCCCCAGCAAUCCGAGGUCCCGGGUAUGAACGGCGCUGUGGAGGUCAUCCGUUCCGGAGCUCCGCCGCCCGACGUCACGGUCUUCGAGUUCGGGUCGGUAGCCACUUCCACCGACAAGGUCACCCUGGCCGGGUACUGUCCCGUAUCCGACGAGCUCGAACCCUGCCGCUGGGAGAUCUUACCGGCCAGUGGCGACGAUGCUCCUCAGUUUCGCGUGGUCUUCUGAGAGGGGGCAAAAAUUGCUACCGAAGAUUGUAAGAAAUUUCGGAGACCUUGCUAUGAGUUUGACUGAGUGAAAUCCAAGAUGUUUUUUUUUUUUGGUAUAAUUCACUGAACUUGAAUGAAAAAAAAAAAUUUUAAAUUGUACUUCUUAGUUUUAAUUUGGCUGUUUUUGUGGAGGUUUGUGUUUUUCUUGCAUAUUUAAGAAUUGGGUUUUGAUUUGAUUAGUUCAGUUUUAGUUUUUGCAUA